CCACUUACUGGUGAUUAAAAGGAGGGACCCGGCGGCGGGGCGGGGCCUGCCAGGCGCCGGGGCCGGGCGAUUGGGUUCACCCUGGGGGGCUGCGCUUUAAGUGCCGCCAGCGGAGGACCCCCCCCCCCCCCACCUCCCGCAGCACCCGACGCCGCAGAGACUUCAGCGGCGCGCAGUCCGAGCUCCGCACCUAGCUUCGCCUGCGGCUGCGGACCGACGGACAGGCGGACGCGGGCAGGUGGCACCGCAGGACGCGGGCAGAGGCGCGCGGGGCCGGGGAACAGCGGAGCCGCGGCCGCCCGCCUCGGCGCCAUGGACGGCCCCGACAACGCGACGCUGCUCUUCGCCCCGUCCUCGCUGCAGCCGGACAACUACACGCUGUCGCCCAAUGCCAGCAGCCUGAGCGCCGGCCCCGACCUGCCCGUCACCCCUGCCUCCAGCGCCGGCCCCAGCCCCGGGCUCAGCCUCGCGCCCAGUCCCGGCUACGGUUUCAGCCCCGGCCCCGCGCCCACCCCAGAGCCGACGGCAGGCAGCUCGGCGGGCGUCUCGGCCAGCCUGGGCCCGUCCCUGUUCCCCCACUCCUGGGCGCACCCCCAGACCCCGUUCUGGGACACGCCGCUGAACCACGGGCUGAACGUGUUCGUGGGAGCCGCCCUGUGCAUCACCAUGCUGGGCCUGGGCUGCACGGUGGACGUGAACCACUUCGGGGAGCACGUCCGCCGGCCCGUGGGCGCGCUGCUGGCCGCGCUCUGCCAGUUCGGCUUGCUGCCGCUGCUGGCCUUCCUGCUGGCCCUGGCCUUCUCGCUGAACGAGGUGGCCGCCGUGGCGGUGCUCCUGUGUGGCUGCUGUCCCGGCGGGAAUCUGUCCAACCUCAUGUCCCUGCUGGUUGACGGCGACAUGAACCUCAGCAUCAUCAUGACCAUCUCCUCCACGCUUCUGGCCCUAGUCUUGAUGCCCCUGUGCCUGUGGAUCUACAGCCGGGCUUGGAUCGACACCCCUCUGGUGCAAUUACUACCUCUGGGGGCAGUGACCCUGACCCUCUGCAGCACUCUCCUCCCUAUCGGCUUGGGGGUCUUCAUUCGAUACAAAUACAACCGGGUGGCGGACUACAUUGUGAAGGUCUCCCUGUGGUCUCUGCUAGUGACACUGGUGGUCCUUUUCAUAAUGACUGGCACUAUGUUAGGACCUGAACUGUUGGCAAGCAUUCCCGCAAGUGUUUACGUGGUAGCCAUUUUCAUGCCCUUGGCAGGCUAUGCCUCAGGCUACGGCUUAGCUACUCUCUUCCGUCUUCCGCCCAACUGCAAGAGGACCGUGUGCCUGGAGACAGGGAGUCAGAAUGUGCAGCUCUGUACCGCCAUUCUAAAACUGGCCUUCCGGCCGCAGUUGAUAGGAAGCAUGUACAUGUUUCCUUUGCUGUAUGCCCUUUUCCAGUCCGCAGAAGCAGGGAUUUUUGUUUUAAUAUAUAAGGUGUAUGGAAGUGAGAUACUACACAAGCGAGAUCCUCUAGAUGAAGAUGAAGAUACAGACGUUUCUUACAAGAAACUAAAAGAAGAGGAAAUGGCGGACCCUUCCUAUGGCACAGUGAAAGCUGACAAUUUAAUUAUGAUGGGAACCACUCAGACUUCUCUCUGAACA